AUGGCGGAUGACGCAAAGCCAGACGCUCCGGCGACUAGGCCAGGGGCAGGUGGUAUUGGAUCAGAGACCACGAACAAGUUUCAAGGAGCGAUUGGGGCAUGGAGGAAUCUCGAUUUUACCAAUCUCGUAUCCAAGCUCGACAAUACAGCCUCCGAAAUAGUCACCUACCAGCGAGACUCGACAGUGCAGCGCAAGGAUCUCGCGCAGAAGACGAAGGACUUCAGAAAGCUCGACGAUACAACGAAGCUUUCCGAGAUCAAGGGCCUCCUCAAGGCUUACCAAACGUUCAUUGACCUUCUGACCAACCACUCAAAGUCGAUCAACUCGUCAUUCAUCCACGCCUACAAUGCCCUUUCCGAGGCGCCGGAUCCAUAUCCUCUUCUCGAGGCCUCCGUCGAUGCCAUGCUCGUAUCCGAAGAUACGGUGCCCAAGUUGACGGAAGAGAACCAGCACCUGCAGGGGACGGUGGCGAAGCUCACAUCGCAGCUCGAAGAGACGGAGAGCAAGCUCCAAACAGAAAUGGCAGCUAAGAAGGAUCUAGAGGAGACUCUGGAGACCAAAGUCAAAGAAGUAGAGUCUUCUUGGUCUGCAGUUCUGGACGAGAAGAAGGACAAUUGGGAAGCCAAGGAGAAGGCUCUCGAAGACAAGGUCGAGAACCAGGAGCGGCUGCUCACCGAGAUCAAGGCCAGCUACGAGGUCAACCAGCGGCUCGGUCGCUCAGAGGACGCAGAGGAGAAUCAGCGCGGCCAUGUCACCAGCGCUGAGCUCGAGAUGGUCAAUUCCGAUCUGGAGCGAACUAGCAUGAGGCUCGCGGAGGUCGAGGCACGCAAUGAGCAGCUACGCCUCGAGCUGGCGCAGUCAAAGUCAGCAGUGCCAGCACAUGCGACGUCUCUGGAGGAUGACCCUGCUUUCUUGCGGAUGCGCUCCGAGAACUCAUCUCUCAUUCGCAAGCUGGACGCAAACAGAGUCGAAAAGGAAGGGCUCAAGCGGGACCUGGACGCUAGAUUACGAGGCCUCGAGCGGGAAGUUGGGCUGCUCAAAGACGAGAGGGAUAGCCUCCGAUCGAAGGUCGAGAAGUGGAAUGACUACGACGAGAUUAAACAGGAACUGGAAGUCUUGAAAAGCAUCGAGUUUGCUACCGGGGACGACGACGACAUUCGUGAUGUCAGCGAAGAGCAGGAUGGUGCAGCUACCAAGGGCAGCAAGGGCGACACACUCGAGCAGCUUCUUCUGGCACGGAACAAGAAGCUGAGUGACGAGCUGACCAUCCUUCGAGUGUCACAUCAGGACCUCCAAAAUAAGCUACAGGAUCUACAGGAAGACCUGUCGAGGACGAAUGCAGAGCUCGAGAAGGCCCAGAACCUCAACGAGAAGCUCGAGAACGACCUGUCCACCAUGCAGGCCGAGGGCGCAAACGCGUUCCCUUCAGGGGCGUCCGUGGCCGGCACGUAUGUGAGCCGUUAUGCGCAAUCAAUAGCGCCCACCAGAAAGGGUGGUGGCCGGACGUCACCCACCUCUUCUAUAAUAAGCGGCUUCAACCCGCGCGACUCGGGCGCUGGCGAGCCAAUGGGAGGCGGCUCGGGGAUUUUGCCCAUGAUCACGGCGCAGCGGGACAGGUUCAAGAAGCGGAACGCCCAGCUUGAGCAGGAGCUGUCGGACUCGCACCGCACGCUGUCGCAGCUCCGCCAGGAGGUCGCGGCCCUGCAGAAGGACAACCUCAACCUGUACGAGAAGACGCGGUACGUGUCGAGCUUCAGCGGCCGGGGCGGCACGCACCACACGGCGGCGGGCGCGAGCUCGUCGUCGUCGGCGUCGGCGUCGGCCUACAGCGCCAACCCCAACCCGUCAACCGUGUCGAUCGGGGGCACGGGCAACCCGGGCAUCGCGCUCGACCGCUACCGCAAGGCGUACGAGAGCAACAUCUCGCCGUUCGCGGCGUUCCGGGGCCGCGAGUCGGCGCGCGCGUACAAGCGCAUGUCGUUCCCCGAGCGGGUGGUGUACUCGGUCACGCGCAUGGUGCUGGCGAGCCGCACGAGCAGAAACCUGUUCGCGGCGUACUGCGUCGCGCUGCACGUCCUCGUCUUCUUCUCGCUGUACUGGCUCGGCUCGGCCGACGCGGAGCAGCACGCCGCCACGCACCUGGGCAACGCCGCUGCCGCUGUCGUAGCGGCCGGGGCGGGCGGCGGCGGUGGUGGUGGUGGUGGUGGUGGUGGUGUGGGUGGUGGGAAGGCAGCCGGUGGGAGCUGGCGCGAGGAAGGGUUCAAUGCAUGA